GCAAUUUGCUGCUUUACAGCAGUAACGGGAGUUGUAGUGUUUAUCACGUAAACGGUGGGGAUUCAACGGGACUACUUGUAAGAAAACUUUCCUGAGAUUUUCAUCGGAGAGAAAGAGAGGCAAACGGAGCCAGGAUCAGGAUAGGAAGGGGACCUGGAUGUGGAUCUACACCCUCCAAGGAUGCUCUAAACUGUGCAACAUCUGCUGAAGUGUCCCACUCAUCGGUGUUAUGGCCUCAGCCACGUCUGGCCCAGGACCCACCUCCUUGGGCUCGCAGGUCCAUGCUGCAGCUGUCAAUGGAGAUAGGAGCGCCCUUCUCAAACUCAUCACGGCAGAUCCUUCUUUGCGGGACUGUGAAGACCAGUUUGGUCGGACCCCUUUGAUGUACUGUGUGCUGGCUGACCGCCUGGAUUGUGCAGAGAUUCUGUUGAAGGCCGGAGCUUCGGUUAACAAGACGGACCACAGUCAGCGUACGGCUCUGCACCUUGCUGCACAGAAGGGGAAUGUCCGUUUCCUAAAGCUGCUGCUCUCCAGGCGUGCUAACUGGCUGCAGAAAGAUCUCGAAGAGAUGACGCCCCUCCACCUGGCCACUCGACACCCCUCCCCAAAAGCCCUUGCCCUCCUGGUCAAACACAUUGGCCCUGGAGAGGUUGACACACAAGACAAGAACAAGCAAACUGCCCUCCACUGGUCAGCAUUUUAUAACCGACCAGAACAUGUCCGUCUGCUGAUUAAGCACGACUCCAACAUCGGCAUCCCAGACAGUGAGGGCAAGAUCCCUCUGCACUGGGCAGCACACAGUCAGGAGCCCAGUGCCACUCAGACCGUCCGCUGUAUACUGGAAGCAGCUCCCACUGAGUCCCUGUUAAACUGGCAGGACUAUGAGGGGCGGACACCCCUGCACUUUGCAGUUGCUGAUGGUAACGAGGCGGUGGUGGAUGUGCUGACGUCUUACCAGGGCUGUAAUGUGACAGCUUAUGAUAACCUCUUCAGAACACCACUGCACUGGGCAGCCCUGCUCGGCCAUGCCAGAAUUGUUCACCUGCUGCUGGAGAGAAACACAUCAGGAACAAUUCCCUCAGACAGUCAAGGGGCAACACCUCUGCACUACGGCGCUCAGAGUAACAACGCAGAGACAGUCGGUGUGUUUUUGUCCCAUCCAUCUGUGAAGGAUGAGCCUGAUCUAGAGGGGAGGACAGCCUUCAUGUGGGCUGCUGGGAAGGGCAGUGAUGAUGUCCUUUGCACCAUGCUGGACCUCACCCCUCAUAUCGACAUUAACAUGGCUGACAAGUACGGAGGCACUGCGCUCCAUGCGGCCUCCCUGUCAGGCCAUGUUAGCACAGUGAAGCUGUUACUGGAGAGAGGAGCGAUGGUCGACUCUCUGGAUGUGAUGAAGCACACGCCACUGUUUCGUGCUUGUGAGAUGGGACACAGAGACGUCAUAAUCACACUCAUCAAAGGUUCUGCACAUGUGGACCUGGUGGACGUGGAUGGUCACACAGCUCUGCACUGGGCAGCUCUGGGGGGCAAUGCUGAGGUCUGCCAGAUACUGAUGGAGACUGGGAUAAGUCCAAAUGUACAGGACCAGGCAGGACGCACUCCUCUACAGUGUGCAGCCUACGGCGGCUACAUCACCUGCAUGGCUGUCCUCAUGGAGAAUAAUGCUGAUCCAAACAUUCAGGACAAGGAGGGGCGGACGGCUCUCCACUGGUCAUGCAACAAUGGCUACUUGGACGCAGUGAAACUGUUACUGGGCUACAACGCCUUCCCUAACCUCAUGGAGCACACUGAGGAGAGGUACACCCCUCUGGAUUACGCUCUGCUAGGGGGGCACAGCGAGGUGACUCAGUUCAUGCUGGAGCACAGUGCUUUGUCCAUAGCAGCCAUCCAGGACAUCGCUGCUGCCUCCAUCCAGGCCGUCUAUAAGGGCUACACUGUACGCAAGGCCUUUAGGGAAAGGAAGCAGCUCCUCAUGAGGCAUGAGCAGCUGCGCAAGGAUGCAGCCAAGAAGCGGGAGGAAGAACAGCGGAGGAGAGAAGCUGUGCAGCAAGUGUCUGCAACCUCUCCAGAAAAACAGGGAGUUCCUUUGGUGAAAACGGAGCAGGAAAAACGGUCCUUAGUGAACAUGAUGGAGGACUUAUCCAUGAAUGACUCAGUGGUGGAAACUAAGAAAUCAUCUAAGACCAAAGAGGAGAGACACAGAGCCCACAGGAGGAAAUCUGCCAGAAGAAAUAAAGCAGCAGAACAUCAUGAACCUCCUGAUGCUUCAAGACGCCACUGUGAUAAUCCAGGUGAUACUGUCCCUGAUAAUUCCACCAGAUUAAAGGACCUCAUUUCUCUAACCAGCUGCAGCCAGCCACCCACCCUCAAACCUAGACCCCCCUCCAUGCCCAAAGUCAGGGAACGACCCUCCUCAAACACAAGUGUGACAAACCAAAGUGACUCUUCACGAGAACGUGUCCCUCUGAAAAGGAGGGAUGCUCAUUUGUCUGUGAAGAUGCCCCCCACAAAUACUGAUGCCUAUACCUCGUUAGGAAGCAGUUCAUCUUUAGACCACAAAAGUCCUUCCAGGAAAACUCCGUCAGCCACACCUGAAACUAUCUCCACACGCAAGCACAGGGAACUCAGCAUGGAGCAGUCCAAAGCGAGGAACAAGGCGGCACUCAUCAUCCAACGAGCCUGGCGAAGGUUCCACGCACGCAGGCGGAGAGAAGCAAGGAGCAGUCAAGAGGUUGAGAUAAGUCAGUUGAACCACGCCCAGAACAGGAAGAAGAUGGAAAUACGGAACCAAUCCACAAAAGUGUUGCCCAGUAAGACCUCAGUGCUACAAAGUAUCUAUGGAAACUCAAUGGCCAGACGAGGGCGUUCACUCCGAGGCUCUCAGUCUCAGCUUUUUCUGGACCUUCCUCUACGCACGCAGAGCCAAUUGAGCGGUAUAGACUGUGUGCAUCUAACUGAGGCUGUGAAUCAAGCCAAGCAGUUCUCCUACCAUCUAAGACCGCAGAGCGCCGGACAGGGGAGCAGAGGUCGAGGGAAGCAUUAAAACCGCACACACUAACACACAUUUAGUGUUCUUUGAUGUUUUCUCAGCUGGCUGGCAGCCUCACCUCUAUAGAAUUACUACACAUAUUGUUCGCUCAGUGUGCCAAGCUUUCUAAAAUUAAGCCAUAUGACAUCAGAGGCAUGACCUCACAGGGUGGGGUUAAGUCUACAGAAAUGUUGUGUGUAAAAGAUAACCUUUCAUCCAUUGUGGAAGGAACAUACACACACGCCAUCCCCUUCAUUCUCCGCCGCUCUCGCACACACACUGAGAUAACCUUUCCUCCUGUUGUGGAGAAUGAGGCGGUCUAUCAACAGCCGGUCAUACAGAUAGCCCACCUGCAGCCACAGAGCCACACACACACACUAUUACACAACAGUCUGGUCUAUAAGUGCUUUCACUCUCUGGAAAAAUAUUUGCUUUUACCUGCAGUUUUUAAUCACUCUGAUAUGCAUUUGCACAAAAAGUCCAUAUUGUGUUGUUUUAGCUGUAUACCUCAGUGUCUGAUGUUGUUUCACUGUUUAUUAAUA